CUGAAAUAAGCUGUUUUCUUCGAAAGGUGGUAUGAAUUAAUGUUUAUUAGAACAUUUUUGUAGUGUAACGACAAUUGUAAAAUGGUGAUUUCAGUGUGGUUUCGACCUCUUCCGGGUUAAAUAGGCAUUCCAAUAAAAGUGAUAUCCUACAAUGUUGGAAGUUGGUGUGCGUGUGGUCAGAGGACCAGAUUGGAAGUGGGGCCAACAAGAUGAUGGGGAGGGUCAUGUUGGGACUGUGGUUGAAAUUGGAAAGCCAGGAAGUUCAACCUCUCCUGACAAGACUGUGGUAGUGCAGUGGGAUUCUGGUUCUCGGACAAAUUACCGUGUUGGCUAUCAAGGAGCUUAUGAUCUACGGGUUGUAGACAAUGCCCCAGCAGGUGUGAAGCACCCCAAUAUUAUCUGUGAUGGUUGUAAGAAACAUGGCAUCGCAGGGAUGAGGUGGAAGUGUGCGCGUUGCUAUGACUAUGACUUGUGCGCGCAUUGCUACAUGUCUGACAAGCAUGACCUGGUCCACUUAUUUCAGAGAUUUGAGACUGCUUCAUCCAUUGGGGUUGAGAUGGGACCCAGGAAGGGCUGUGCCAAAGUACAGAUGAAGGGCAUCUUUGUAGGUGCAAAAGUUGUGAGGGGUCCAGACUGGGAUUGGAGCAAUCAGGAUGGAGGGGAAGGCAAGACUGGACGCGUGAUUGACAUCCGAGGCUGGGACAAUGAGUCCGGUCGCUCAGUUGCCAAUGUCACAUGGACCUCAGGUUCCACAAAUGUGUACAGGCUUGGCCAUAAGGGGAAGGUGGAUCUGAAAUAUGUGCAGGAUGCAGUUGGAGGUUACUACUAUCGUGACCAUCUUCCAAUUCUUGGUAUCACCUCGGAGGUACAGGGAGGGGCAGCUCGGCUGCCUGGCUCAUCACCACGCCACCUCACAUUUAAUGUGGGUGACAAAGUGAAGGUGCUGAUGGAUGUUGAGGCUCUGAAACAGAUGCAGGAAGGUCAUGGAGGUUGGAACCCACGUAUGGCUGAGUACAUUGGAAAGAUGGGAGUAGUUCACCGAGUAACUGAGAGAGGAGACAUUCGUGUCCAAUAUGAAGGCUGUAACAACCGCUGGACCUUUCAUCCUGGGGCACUUACCAAAGUCAACUCAUUUGCUGUUGGUGAUGUAGUUCGAGUCAAGCAUGAUCUCACCACAGUGCGGGACUACCAGAAGGGCCAUGGCGAGUGGAUUGAAGUUAUGAAAGGGGCACUCGGAAAGUUGGGGAAGGUGAUCAAGAUCUACUCAGAUGGAGACCUGCGUGUCAGUAUUGACGGUCAGACUUGGACAUUCAACCCACUUUGUGUGCAGCUUGUCCCAGGCUCAGCCACUGAGCUCAGCAAUACCAUGAAUGCCAAUACAAGGGAAGAACAUGCCAAUCCUCUGGCUUCACUGUUGUCAAAUCUAGUGUUGGGGUCACAGCAGCUGGAAACAACAAGUCUUGAUAAACUAGUAAGAGAGGCAGCUCAAGGCCACCUGGAUGUUGUUAGGGAGUUUGUACUGAAGUGCCCUGACAAGGUGAACGGACAUAGUGGAGGCAAGACAUGCCUUCAGGUGGCAUGUCACCAGGGCCACGUGGAGCUUGUGCAGUUUCUCUUGUCAGUAGGUGCCUCACUUGAAGUUGCUGAUGAUGAUGGAGACACAGCUCUGCAUUAUUCAGCAUUUGGAAAUCAACCAGAGAUUAUGGAGAUCCUGCUGAAGCAAAAUGCGGACAUUGAUGCUGUGAACAAAGGUCGAUGUUCGGCUCUCCAUGUGGCUGUCAAUAAGCAACACUUGCACUGUGUUGUUAUGCUUCUCAAGUACAAGUGUAAUGUUAACAUACAGGACUCUUAUGGUGACACUGCACUGCAUGAUGCUAUAGGGAAGGACAGUGUUGAAAUCAUAGACCUGUUGUGUAACGUGCCAGGUGUUGACUUCACAUUGAAAAACAAGCGAGGCUUUAAUGUCCUGCACCAUGCUGCCCUCAAGGGAAACAACUUUGCUACAGAGCGACUGUUAGGACGCACUCGGCAGCUGGUGGAUGUGAAGAAGGAUGAUGGAUUUGCAGCACUCCACCUCGCAUGUUUGAAUGGUCACCGGGCUGUGGCAGAGACAUUGCUUGCACAAGGACAAGCAGAGGUGGACCUUCGAAACAACCGCAAGCAGACUCCUCUCCUGCUGGCUGUCUCACAGGGCCACUGUUCUGUAGUGGAGCUGGUGGUCUCCAUGUCUGCUGAUGUGCACGCAGAAGAUGAAGAUGGAGAUACAGGUCUUCACCUGGCUCUCAUGAAACGUGCGACCAUCUCGACUGAGAUCAAUGAGUUAGAAGCUCCUACUAUCUAUGGAAUCUUUAUGCAACUUGCAAGCCGGACAGUGGAGCAUCUGGUUGCCCUUGCUAUAGCGUGUUAUCUUGUACAGGAGGGUUGCAAGCUGAACAAGAAAAAUAACAAGGGGAAGAGCCCCUUAGAUCUAGUUCAGGACACUGUAAUGGCUGAUUUGUUGCAACAGUAUGUUACACCUCGCAGUGUUGCUAAUGAGCCACUAGCUAGGAGUCUGAUUGUUGACUCUGAAUCUUCAGUGCAAUCUGACAGUGAUGGUAGUAAUACUUCAGUAGGAGAGAAGAGGGCCCCUGCUCCAGUGGAGUGUGCUGUGUGCUCAGAGUUGGGUGAGGAGAACGUACUUUUUGAACCCUGUGGGCACCGGAUUGCUUGUGAAGACUGUUCAGCUCGCAUGAAGAAAUGUCUGCGCUGUGGGCAGUUUGUCACAAAGCGACUCACACAAGAUGGGCGUGUGAUUGCCUGCAAGUCACGUCAGCCCAGCACAGAGCGCCUCCGGUACUUGGAGUCUAAAAUAGCUGAGAUUGAGGAGGCCCACUGUUGCUCCAUAUGCAUGGAACGAAGACGUAAUGUGGUGUUUCUUUGUGGCCAUGGAGCAUGUGAGAAGUGCUCCACCACUCUGAAAAUCUGUCACAUGUGUCGUAAGACCAUCACCAAGAAGAUUAAUCUUUAUUAGCAUAGAACAAAUGAUGCUAGAAGAAGGAAAUAAAUACUAAGACGUGUUCCUUCUCUGUGAUAAAGACACAUGCCAUUGUUCUCUGCAGGGGCAGGAACUUCAUGAUGUUUCAAGUGGCUACAUCGAGCUUACCAUGUGUCUGUUGCUUUUUUCAACUUUUCACCGAACCGUCCACAAUGAAUCUCAAAACAAGAGGAUUUGACACUGCACAUGGUGGAGACAGUGUAAUUACAUUUAGCAGCCCUUCAGCAGAGAAGUGUUCAUGACUUGGUAUGAUUGAGUGUAAAGAAGAUUUUACUUACGUUCUCAGGUUUUUAUUUAGCAUAUUGAAAUGUAUAUGCAGCAGGUACCAAUCAUAUUAAUGGAUUCAUAAAGCAUGUCAUUUUUCUUUCAGCUUUCCUUCCAUAGAAGCACUGGGGGUAGAAGUCUGACUUUAUUCAUUCUGGUCCAUCACACUAAUCUGGAGAUGAUGAGUUCAAAUCUUGGUUUUUGUGGUUUUAUCAGCCCCACCAUGUAAAUAUGAGGACAGUACAUCAAUUAGACCACAACUGAUUCCUUCUAAAGCCUUCCACCAGUUAUCCUACCAUUUGAUACAAUAUACUGUAAGAUACUUAUUGGUGUCAUAAAAAUAAACCACAACCUACCUCAUUCCAGAUUAAAAUAAAAUUCAGAAUUGGGUACCUUAGAAAGACCUAACCUUAAUCCCUGAUCCCGUGAUUGAGGUUAGCUCUUUCUAAGGGACCUAAGAGAUUAGGUGUCUUCCCCCCCACCCUCACUUGAGGAUGGAAACAGAACCAGUUUCUGAAACGUUGUGUUUUCUAGUUUUUAGAAUACUUUAAUUUAUAGAGCUACUCCUUAUCUCUGGACACCUGUACCAACACCAGAUAAGGUAUAUGAGCUUAGCACAGCACAAACCAUCUUUGAGAGCUAAGACAGAACAUUAAAGUAUUAAAAGCUCCAUAUUGGGAUUGUAGUUUUUUUACUUCUGCUGUGAUAACGGGAGUCCAGAUUGGAGAGAUGUCCAAGCUGGGUUGACUGAUCAGAUGGUCUAUCUGGAUAAAAACAGGGCAAUGGAUAAUGUCCGGAAACAUAUUUGUAUUACCAUCAUUACAGACUUUUAGAUCUUAGAUGGAAACUUAGCGGCCUCCGUAGUCUAGGGCUAACGUUCCCACCUCGUGACUCAAG